AUGGCAGACCAGGAGGAAGCGAGGCCAACCAAGAAGGCACGCGGGUCCUCGCCGCCACCUGCCAUGGGCUCCGGUAGCCUGACGGCGUUUGCGCUCCGCCUGGCUAAGAAGCUCGCUGAGGGCGACGACACCAUGAACAGCAACAUCGCCUUCUCGCCGCUGUCCCUCUACACCACGCUUGGUCUGGUGGCCGCCGGAGCCCACGGCAGAACCCUGGAUGAGCUCCUAGCCCUGCUCGGUGCCGCGGCUGACGAGGUCGCCAGAUUCGUACGCGGCCUCGCCGCUGACCCGUCCGGGUCCGGUGGGCCGAUCAUCACCUACGCCUAUGGUGUGUUUCACCAGAAACACAUGGAGCUCACGCCGGACUUUCUCCACACCGCCACCGAGUCCUACAGCGCCGAAAUACGCGCAGUGGACUUCGCUAAGGAUGAGGUCAGGGAGGAGACCAGGAAGGAGAUCAACCUGUGGGCGGCGGCAGCGACGAACAAUCUCAUCUUGGAGAUCUUGCCCGAGGGUUCAUUGACCGACCUCUCGAGGUUCGUGCUCACCAACGCCAUCUACUUCAAGGGUGCGUGGGAGACCCGCUUUCCCAAGAAGCUCACCGAAGACCGCGAGUUCUACCGCCUUGACGGCGCUGAUCCCGUGGAAGUCCCCUUCAUGACCCUGCCAGGAGAAUGCCAGCUCUUCGUCUCAUACAACGAAGGCUUCAAGGUGCUGAAGCUCCCGUACAAGGCUGGUGACGAUGCCAUGUCGCGGUACUCCAUGUGCGUCUUCCUCCCGGACGAGGAAGAGGGGUUGCAUGACAUGGUCCGCUCUCUGGAGGAGGUGGGCGGCUCCCUGCUCGACCACGUGCCGAUGUACCAUAGCAGCGUGAGGGAGAUUCUGCUGCCCAUGUUCAAGCUGUCAUUCUUCUGCGGUCUCUCCAAAGUCCUUCGUGGCCUAGGAGUCCAGGAGGCAUUCAGCAAGGAGGCCGACCUGUCCGGUAUCAUGGAGAAGAGCGUCUGCGACGUGCGCUUGGACGAGGUGUUCCACAAGGCCGUCGUCGAAGUGAACGAGGAAGGCACCGUGGCAGCUGCGUGCACUGCCGUCGUUGGCCGCAAGAAGCAAUGUGCAAGGAGAUCGUUGGAGUUCAUCGCCGACCACCCGUUCGCGUUUUAUAUCGUGGAGGAGGUGUCAGGGGCCGUGGUCUUUGCCGGUCAUGUACUCGACCCUUCUAGCUCACAGUAA